GGCCUGCCGUGGUGGAGGAGGGCGGGCCGUGAACGCACCGAAGCACAUUUUGGACACUAAACUGACUGAUGCGACAUUACACACGCAGCGUGGACUCGGCGUGAUUUCAGCAUCGUUUAACGAGCUUUGCAUUGAUUGAAUGUGGAUAGCAUGCACAGCUCGGGGUGGAGCGCAGGCCCAGGGUGCUGUCUGAAAGCUGACCUCGGGUAAACCCUCAGAGGCUCGGCAGACUUUGGAGAUAUUCUGCAGAGGUGUUUUUUUUUUUUUUUGGCGCAGCACGGAAACUCUGGCGCAGCGUAAAGAGGGGAUGAUCUCCUCAUCCAGGGACCAGACAGGCCACUGAGUGAAACCACGACCGUGCGAGGGGCUCUGGACAGCGGGUGCAAGAUGAUGUCCCUGAUAGAUCUGGACGAUGAUCAGCGGUGGGUGCCGACUCAUGUGAAUGUCACCGUCCUCCGCGCAAGGGGACUGCGAACCAAGGGCAAGCACGGCAGCCGCUACCUCUACACCAUCAUCCAGGUGGGCAAGGAGAAGUACACCACCGGGCUGGUGGAGAAGGCGGACGUGCCCGAGUGGAACGAGGAGUGCUGCUUCGAGCUGCUGCCGGGGAUCCUGGAGGACGGCGGCCGGAGCGCGUACCCACCCGGGAGCGGAGACCUGGUGCUCACCGUCAUGCACCGGGUGCUGAUCGGACUGGACGUGUUUCUGGGGCAAACCGUCAUCCCUCUCGAUAAGAUCUUCCAGGACCAAGCGUGUCCAAGAGACGAAUGGUUCAAGCUCAACUCUAAGGCUGGAAGGAAGGAGAAGGAACGUGGUGAUCUUCAGGUGACCGUCCAGUUCACUCGCAACAACAUGACGGCCAGCAUGUUCGACCUCACCAUAAAGGACAAACCUCGCUCUGCGUUCGGAAAGCUCAAGGAUCGCGUCACGGGGAGGAAGCGGGGGGACAUGGAGUCUUCCUCGGCCAUCGUUCCAGGCCGCUACGCCGCCCUGUCGGGAUCUCUGGGGCAGCCGUUUGGAGAGGAGGGCGGAGGGAUGGUGGAGCCACAAAAUGUGGAGGUGGUGGAGGAGAAGAGGAGCAAGAUGAAGGAUUUCUUCAAAGGAAGGCUGCGGAAGUCGUCGGACACCAGGUCGUGCUCAUCGCUGGCUUCAGACAGCAGUGUGUCUUCCAUGACCAGUGAUAACCUCGGUCCCCCACCCAGCCUGGAUCUGCUGUCAGACCCUCCCAGCUCCCCGAUCUACACGAGCAAAGUGAGAGUGGACUCAGAUUUAGCUAAAAAAGUGCUCACCAGUCAGCACACCACAAAGGUUCUCACACACAAGCGAGCCUUCAGCGACGAAGCUAGUAAGAUCACAACAGCCUUCCCACGAUCAAAUGUUGCAGUGGAGUCUCUCAAAGGUCAGACCAUGACUCAGUCCAAGUCCUCCCUGUGCAUAAAUGGAAGCCAUGUCUACGACUCUGAGCCAUCGACUCCAAAGAGCUCCGGAGCGCUGCCGUCUAAACUGGUUCUGCUAGAGAAAUGCUCCCCGCUCUCUCGCUCCCUGCAGAACCUCACCAAAAGAAGUGAGGAGAAAGGUUCCUUUGCAGAGGGCCGACGCUGGUCCUUUGACAAGAUGAAGAAAGACGAAAAGGAUGAAGAAAAGGAAGCUCAGGCGUCGUCUCCCCCAGUCCAGCAGGCUCAGAUAGGGGGUCGCCCUGUGCAGGCAGCGACGCCAAUCGUCGCCUCCGCUGCUGGUUCACCUGACAAAGGGAGGAAGCUCAGAAAGACGUUAUUCUCUGGAGGGAGGAGUGAUUCUCUCCCAGCUAAGUCAGACUUAAACCAGGCUGGUUCUGCUUCUGAGGGGAGGCUCAGAGGUUGGUUUGGCUCUGGUGACUCCCAGAACAAGCCGAGGCUGGAAGUUUCUCCUAAGGUAGAAAGCAGCUCAGAUGUUCCCCCUCCCCUCCCUCCUCGCUCCCCUGUACCUCCUCAGUGCUCCUCACCCUCCGCCUCCCCCGCCGGUCAUGUCUCACCUGACGACUGCAGUCACACCAACCUCUUCACCCCUUCUACCUCCCCCGCUUCAACCCCCAUCUCACCCUCCAACCCUUUCCUCCCACGUAUGCAGCGCAACCCCUUUUUUGAGGAGCUCAUAGCGGAAGAGUUGCAGAAGUCGCCUCCUUUUGCGCCUUGCUCCUCUUCUGGCUCAUUCCCCUUUCAUUACACCACUCUGCCCGCUCAGCCCUGCACACCCGGCACUGCUCACCAAGUUAGUGCUGCAAACGUGGUUUCCAUAAAGCGAGAGCGCCCCAGGCCAGUGGCUAGGCAGGUUUCACUCCCUGCAUUAUUACCCAAAGCAGUCACUCCGAAUUCCCCCAACCACUCUGCCCCUCGCUCGAUGUCGGAGAGUGCGGGAGAAUGGGACGAAUCGUUCGAUGCCUUUGCCUCCAGCAGGCUCAACUCACCUAAAGGCAGUCUUCCUCCAGACGAGCUGAGAAGCAGCCCCACUUCAUCACGUAAACGUAGCUAUCCGCUACUUAAUAACAAUGCCAAUACUUAUGCACAAGAACUGCAAACAUGUCAAGAGGAGCCUCCACCUUUGCCUCCGAGGAGACCUUUAAGAACUUCAGUGCAUGAUAUUUAUUCUGAUGGCUGGCUGCAUAGAGGUCAGGAGCUAGCUGUCCAUAAAGAAGCCUACCUCCUCUCACAGACUGGUGUGGCCUCGUUACAACGCGGAAAAGAAGGCGAAUGUAAAAGGAACAGUGUAUCUCCAGACCCGCACACAAGCAGCGAGACCUCUGACUCACUCAGCGUCCACUCCCAACCCUGCACAAACAGGAUUUCUCCAGGAUUCAGGCCAGAAGAGAAGCUCAAAAAGUUCAAAUAUGAGCCUUUAGAAGAUGAAACUGAUUGCUGGGGAGGGAUGUUAUUUGAGCAGGACUUGUAUGGACGAGUGUGUAGAGGACAUUAUGGACAAGCCAAAGUAAGCAGUCAUCGAUUGUCAUUGAAUGCUGAGGAAACUACUGGAAACAGGAACACAUCUAAGAACUCAGGACCUAAAAUGCUUCUCGAUAGUGAGAUAUCUGUCACAGACCUUUUGAACAUGUCAUCUACUGGUCCAUCAAAGGAUGGACCAGUAGAUGUAAAGGUACUAGAUACUUCUUCCACUCCAGUAGAGGAGACGGUAGAACCCAAUCCACCUGAAACCCUAUGCAUCAACAAUAACAUUUCUUUCUCUCUAACUUUAGGAGAUCUCAACAUGAAUGUGAAUAAUUCAGACUUUGGUUUUAUUGAUUCUGAUGGAUCUUCUCAAUCAGAGGUAGCCGAUACUCUCAAAAGCAUCCACAGUUUGGCCGGAGCUUUUCCACCGGAAGAUACACAGAUAGGUGUUUACCAUGAGAAGACCACACCUGAGGACAUGUUCACUUUAAAGGACACCUACAUACCUGAGAUGAACUCCUCGUUUGAAAUAAUUUCUAAUAAACUGUGCAAAAUAGCUCCAGUUUGCCAAGACAACUGCCAAGACUGUCGUUGUGAACUGAAUAAUGUGCCACCACUCGGUCACUCCAGGGUGAACAGCCGCAGGGUUUCUGCUUUGGUGUCAGAAAAUCAAACAUCUGAUUCAACCGAUGCUGAAACAGGAUACAGAAAAGAAAAAGGAAGAAGUGAGGAGUAUUUUAAAAAGACACAGAAGGACAUUGAUGACAAUGGCAAUCCACAGGCCAAGUUAGCCAAACUUAACCAGAUGGAGUCAUUUCCAGGGGUGGUUAGUGCACGUUUCAGACCAAAAGGACUGUCUCGACAGAGCAGCAGUGACAGCCCAAACAGCCGAAGCAAAAGCGGAGACAGAGAGUUUGAGCAGUUUUUAUGCCUCGUUCAAAACAUUUCCGAAGUCAGCGAAGGACCGUUGUCCUAUCAGCCCACUAAAUCAGCUCUGUCUUCCUUACAGGCGUUAGAUAAGCAGACAGAUUUGCUGCAUGGUAGCACCAUUAGUGACCAAACACAUCGCGGAGAGUCUAACACACCGUCACAAAUGUCUUCAACGGAUAACACGACAGCAUGUCUUCCAGAAAACACCACUGAGAUCAGUUUUGAAGACCUCCACGCAAAAGUAGCGCCGAACUCGAGAACCCCUUCUAAGACAAAGAUUGGGCAAUCUUUGCAAGAGCCUGAACCCUGUCCUCCCUCCAUCCCUAAUGCACUCUCCCUGUCAGAUGAUACCCCUGUCUGUUGCCCCUCCAUACAACCCUCAAGCACAGGGCCGAGUGCUGGAGUCAGCACUACGCUGGCUGUGGCCCCCUACACCUCCUCCUACUCUACCACCUCCACCACUGACCAGCUCCUGGUCGCUGCACGGCACUCACUUUUGCCUGAGGAGACACAGCCAGCUAGCAACCUGCCCCGUCAGGAGAGCAGAUCUCAUCCAGUGAAGCCGUUGACCUCCAGCCAGUCCGACAAGAAGGAGAGUCGCUCUGUUCUGGAGAAGCUCAAAUCUACCAUCCACCCUGGACGCACCACCCAUCAGGUCGCUGCUGAACCUGAGAGAAGUCAGGAGGUGACGGUGGACACUUCGGCUCAGUACCAGCACCUGACCAACAUGGAGCUGAUCUCCCUGCUGCUGCAGCAGGAGAUGGACAUGCAGAAGCAGCAGGCGGCUUCGGAGCGUCAGGGGAUGCAGCUGGAGAAAUGUGAGGCCGAGCUGAAAAAGGUCAAGGCGCAGGUCCGAGACCUGGAGGACUAUAUUGAUAAUCUGCUGCUGCGGAUCAUGGAGCAGACGCCCACGCUGCUUCAAGUGCGCUCUAGACACAAGUGACGGCAGUGCUAGCGUGCGUUUGGUGUGUUGCACCGGAUGUGUGAGCCUCUGGAAUAUUGUCUCCUUGUGCUCAAAACACGGAGUUCUUAUUUAUGGCUGGGAGUCGUUCUUCUAGAGGCUGUUACAGUCGAACAAAUGCUCCACAAAAUCUCACAAUCAUCCAGGUCUUCUCUCUGCUGAUACUGCCCUGUUGAUGUAGACACGAUGUUACCCAACAUGCAUGCUGGUUACGAUCCUAAUCUGGCACAAACAAAAAACUCUACAAUGAGAAAAAGCUUCUAUCAAAGCAGCUGCAAAUGAUUGUUUUACCCAUGCUUAGUAGAAUACGCAGUCAGCUGUCGUCAGUUUAGCGUCACUGCUUUCACACUUGCAUAGAAUAAAGUGCAGACUAGAGAAACUCUUUUUGGAAGCGCAUUCGUUGUGCUCUUCAGGGUCUAAAUAUGACAUUAGCUCAAGUAACCAUUAAAAUCUUGAAUUUACAGCAAAAAAUGACAUUUUGAUACACCGUUUUCAGACAGUUUUAUCUCAAACACUUCCAUGAAAUUCCACACAGGUUAACUCGAGCUAAUGACAUAUUUUCACGUAGAAUUUAGGAAUAAAAUAAAAUAGCAACACAUAAAAUACCGCUUUGCAAUGUGAACAAUAUAAAAGACAUGUUUCUGCAUUAACAUUGCUGUAUGAUGAGCAAAUAAAGCAACAUUCAUGAUUUGACAAAAAAAGCUGAAAAGGAUGAAGAGUUGCUUUGUUUUUUUUUUUAGUUUUUUAAAAACUAAAUAUUGUCCUUUCCCCCAAAUUACAAGCUAAAACAAUGAAUGAAUGUUUUAAUAUAUUUGUAAGUUUUUGUUGUUGAUUUUUUUUCAUCAGAAUAGUAGCAUUUGACUGUAGGAAUAACAAAAUAACAUUGCAGUGAAUAAGAGUACCAUAAGUUAUUUCUAUCAAAUCCUUUUGUCCUGAUAAUAUAUUCUCUAAUGCCACUCUAGCACCACUGUAGCUACUUGCAAUGCUUUACAUGACCGCAGUACUGUACUGUAAUAAAAUAAAAUGCACACGAA